UGAAACAGAUUGAAGCGCUCCGCGGGUCGCAAUGGCAACGGAACCAACGGGACGGCCGCUGCAACUUUUCUCCUAUUUGUAAUGUCACGGAGGCACCAUAAGUCGCUGAAGAAACCACUUUCUGAUGUGAGACGUAAACGCCAGCCCGAAAAUGUCCCAGGGAUGUGUAGUUUCUGUGGAAGAGGUCCAGUGUUGGUGGGAAGUCCCCGCCAUAGCCCACUUCUGCUCGCUGUUCAGGACGGCGUUCAACCUCCCGGACUUUGAAAUAGAGGAGCUGGAGAAAGCCCUGUCAGAACAGGACUUGGACUUCCUGGGGGACCUCAUUGCUUGCCUGUUGCAGGGAUGUUACCAGCGCACUGACAUCACCCCCCAGGCGUUCAGCAGUUACCUAGACGACAUCAUCAGCUACCGGUGGGAGCUAGAAGAAGGGAAGCCCAACCCACUUCGAGAGGGGCCCUUUGAGAAUCUCCCACCUCGCACUCAGGUGGAGCUGCUGCACAGACUUUGUGACUACCGUCUGGAUGCUGCCGACGUCUUUGACCUGCUUAAGGGCUUGGAUGCAGAUAGCCUGAGGGUGGAACCCCUGGGGCAAGAUGGAAAUGGGGCCCUCUACUGGUACUUCUACGGCACUCGUAUGUACAAAGAGGAGCCGGUCAAGAGGAAAGCAGAGAAGCUCAGUGAAACAACUGAACUAACAUUACCGGAGAAAAAGAAGAGGGGGAGACCACCAAAGAAGAGAAAGUUAGAGGACCCUCAGCUAAGUGAGGUGGAAAAUGAAGUGUCAGAAGUGCUGACAGAAAAUGGCCUGGAGGACCUUCCCCCGAUCACAGCAGGCCGUAAGCGAGGCGCUUGGUCCCUGGUGUGUGACACAGAAGAACAGUGGGUCAGUCUGGCAGAAAGCAUCAAGGACAAAACCUCUCCACAGGACCGCCACCUCUACCGAGUCAUCAGCCAGAACUUCCUGCCUGAGAUCAGCAGCAUGAUUGAGCACAAGGAACGGGAGCAGAAACAGAAGUUGCUUGACCCAACCCCAGUUCGCACAUCUCAACGGUUCUCUGAAAAUCACAUCAAACCUGAGGAAGAGGACAAUGUCAAGUCUGUAACAGAUGAGGACAAGAGGAAGGACGAAGAGCUGGACAGACAGGUCCUGCUGGCCGAGCAGCGGCGAGAGGAGGAACGGCUUCUGCAGGAGGAACGACAGCGAGAGAAGAUGGAGAAGAUCAAAGCUGUGGAGGAGCGAGCAAAGAGGCGAAAGAUGCGAGAGGAAAAGGCCUGGUUGUUGUCUCAAGGAAAAGACCUGCCGCCUGAACUCCUCAAUCUAGAGCCGUCUUCUCCUGUCCACAGAACACGCAAGAAUAAAGAAUUCUAUGAAAUUGAUGACGACUACACUGCUCUGUAUAAAGUGCUGGAAGCCUUGAAAGCCCAUAAAGAUGCUUGGCCUUUCUUAGAGCCAGUUGAUGAGUCCUACGCCCCCAAUUACCACGAGAUCAUCCAGACUCCAAUGGACCUGUCCACUAUUGAGAAGAAGCUCAAUGACGGCGAGUACGUUGCAAAGGAAGAGUUUUGUUCCGACGUGAAGCUCAUGUUUAAAAAUUGCAUGGAAUACAACGGAGAAGACAGCGAGUACACCAUCAUGGCGGAGUCUCUAGAACGGUGUUUUAGCCGGGCAAUAUUGAAACACUUUCCUUCAGAGGACGGCGACACAGACGAGGAGUUCCACAUCAGCCGAGAGGACAAGGAGCGCAAGGACAAAAAGCGUAACCGUGGCAGCAAACAUUUAGGACCCGACAGUUUGAUCAGAGCCACUGAACAAGUCCAACGUAAGCGGAACUCCCUAGGAGGCAAAGGCAGCACACCCUCAGAGGAAGAGGACAACAAGAUGACGAGACCCCCGCUCCCCCCUCACUGGGCUAAGGGACCCCCUCACCCCCAUAUGAAUCUAGGCCAGCACCACCUACAUGAACGAGACAUCAGGGGACUGUACCACCCAGGGCAACAGCUCCGUCAUCCGGCUGCUCCUCCCGGUCCACAUGGACCACAUAUGUACGCCCAGAGAAUGGCCAUGGAUCCCCGCUUCGCCUACCCAGUCCACAUUUCCAGACACGGAGACCCCAACUUGAACCGCUUGCCUCACAGCUUCAGCAUGCAGCAUCACAUGGGCCCCAGGUAUCCGAUGGAUCCUAACCAGCAGCAGCCUCCCCAGCAGCACCCGUACGUUGGUCCGACUCACGGCCCGUCCUUGGGCCCGCGUCCCAUGGGCCUCCAGCCUGGACCUCCUCCUGAAGCCAGCAUGUACCCGUCCCACCACCGUCCAGAGGGCCACACCAUGCAUCCUAUGGGCAACAGAUUCGCAGGACCAGAGGGGCCACCCCAGCACAACUACCCAGGCAUGAGGCCCCCUGGUAUGGGCCUGUCCAACAUGUGGACCGGGAUGAACCAUCAGGGUCAGGAGAGGCAUAACGGCAUGCGCAUGCAAGAUCCCAACAUGGUGAAUCAACGCAACUUCAGCUACGGUGGAAUCCCCCCUCCAAUGAACCAUAAACCAUGGCCGGAAGCUGCUGGGUACCCCCACCAUCCUUCUAAUGCCCAAUAUCAAAUGUCUGCAGCAGCCAGCUCCCAGGGGCCCAUGUCCUUACAUCCCCCUGUGCCCCACCCGGACUCCUCGGGCAGGGCACGCUUGGCUUCCAUGCUGGAGAGCCCAGAGAUGCUGGCCCUGCAGCAGCUGUCAGCCUCUUCUGGACCCCCUGCCGGUCAGCACAUAGGCAACUUUAGGCAGCCUGGGCCCCCAUCAGGAAUUGGCAGCAUCCCAGCUCACCCCUCUCAACAGCCUCCCCCUGCCCUGGAGGUUCAGCUGCUGCGUCCUGCCAGAGACAAAGGCCCAGACAGCCAGCCUUCGCCACAGACAGACUCGUACCCCAAAGGCAUAACUUCAGAGAACAAAAUGUCUGCAAGCAACCCUUCUGAUGAAGCCAAGACACACAAAAACAUUUUUCCAUUUAACCAAGAGCGCCCAUCCGUCCCUAGCCUGCCAGGACCUUACAGCGGGCCGGAAGAUAGAAUGCAAAAACCCCCGAACCCGGGAAGGUCACAGGAGAAUCCUUCUAGACCAGAGAGUCACAGACAGGAAGUUGAUCUCCAGCAACAAUCUGCCAGCUGCUGUCCUCCUCAGCAGAAUAUGGCUGUUGCUGUUUCAUCCCAUCUCAGUACCAGUAACCCCACCUCCACUGACCCCCCUCAGCACACACCAAACAGCCCACAGCGGAACGCCCCGAGCCCCACACUCCCUCCCCAGAAUGCAUCACCUCUGCAUGUCGCAGCAUCUCAGAGUUCCACUCAGCAAAUAUCAGAGAACAACUUAAAACAAAUGCAGAAAGCUCAGAGUGAACACCAGCAGAACACCCACAAACACGAGCACCCUCAUUCAGGUGGUACCCCCCCUCAAAGCCUCCCACAGAGCUCUCCCCGGCCGGUGACCCAGAACACACAACACGCCUCCCUGCUACCUCCUCACCACAACCCCCCCAGCAUCUCGCCACAAUGCCCCACACAGAACAGCCCCAUGCACGGGACGCCACAUGGUGCCACUCAAGGAUCUCAGUCUGAACCCCCCCAGCCAGCCCCUCUCACCUCUCUGCCACCCAGUCACCCUGCCCCACUGUUACCCUCCCAGCCGAGCCCAGCAGACCACGGCGAUCAGAGACCUAGUGAGCCAACCAGCAGGCCAGACUCAGAAGGCACUGCCGUUUCUCCGCAGCACACUGUGGUGACAUCUGGGCAGCCGAAUAUUAUCUAUAAACAUCAGGCUUUUAGCCCCAAUCACCAUCAAACCCAGCUCGUGGGUAAUAAUCUGGGUAUGCAGUCCCAAAGAGGGCCACCACAAGGUCACAACCCAGCCGUGCCUCCUCACUCCCAGGGCCAGGUGAAUGGAGCUAUGGGUCCGUACGGCAUGGGAAACCCUCCACAUCCACACUACAACCAAACAAACAUGAGCAGGCCCAUGCCUCCAACUGCCCACCACCCAUAUCACAACCAAGGCAUAAACGCUCUGCACAAUCCUGCUCCCCACCCCAACUACCACCAGCAGGGAGGGAGCUACUCCUACCACAUCCCCGGCCAACAGCACCCUCAGGUUCACGGCAAUAUGUACCCGCCUCAUCAGUACCAGCAGCAGAGUUACUACCCCCAGCCCCAUCCCCAAGCACAGGUCCACAACCAGGCCAACGGUAGAGGGUCUUACCCCCCAGAGGAGUGGCAUCGGUCUCAUUACCAGCCUCAGCAGCCGAUGCCACCCAAUGCUUACCUCCCUGUAGCCAGCGCCAGAGCCAACGGUCCGUCAAAGGAGAGCAGUCUGUCGCCUCUGGGCUCUGAAGGCUCUAGUGGGACUGGUUUGGUGUCUCCUGGACCUGUCCAUGAUGUAGGACCACACCCUGGGGGCACCGAGGAGGGGAAGUGUGAGAGCAGGGAGCAGGCUGGAGGAGGCAGCCCAGCCAAGCCGGCUCACAGCGAGAGCACAGAGCAACCUGACAGCCCUAAAGAGAUCCUGGACCUGGACAGUCACAAUGCUGCCGCCCGCCGUAGGAGCACCCAGCCACACAUGACGUCAGGUUUCAUGUAUGACCCACGAGCGCUGCACCCAGGGAUGCAGCAGGGCGGCGUUCCUCCACCACAUAUGAUGCCUCAGGGCUGUGGAAACAGACCCCCUUACCCCAGCCAGGCGUACCCAGAUCCAGGGCGCUACGCCACCCAGAGACCUCACCCACACCUGAUGGAGGCGCUGCAGCGGCCCCAGCAGCUGCCGUACUCCCCGGGUCAGACACGCAUGGCCAUGUACAGACACCCCCGGCCUGGAGGACACUUCCAGGGCAUGAUGAUCCAGCAGAGGGGCCUUCCACCAGAACGUUUCCUACACCCAGGGCAGCAGAUGAUGGCUGCUCCAGGCGGUCCUGGAAGUAAACCGGGAUUGUGACCCCCCUGUUUGAUCAAAACAUCAUCUAUUAGCACCCGGACUGAGCAGUGAGCCAAACCGGAGGACUCUGACGGGGACAUUCUAAUCCACAAACAUCUCUCGCUGAUGUUCUUACGCUGCACUAAACCUUUGCUCACCAGUGGACUUGAAGAUCCAACUAGGCAGCUGGUUUUUAACACGAUAAUUAAACUGUGAAAUGUUAUUGAGCCCCGCAGAACAGUCCUCCUCUCAGCGGCUGACCAACAGCUCCGUGUGAUCCACUGACUCGCUCAAGGACACUUCAGUUGAGUGUUUGUACUCUGAUCCUACAGCAGGAGGGACCCUUUUAACCACUAAGUCAACCUGCCAAACACAGGAGACGUUGCCUUCAAGAACACUGGACAGCCCUCUUCCACGUCAACAAUCUGAUGGAGAUCCUGACAGGACUGCGAUGGAGAGGAGAGGGACUGUGUUUUAUUUUGUUUGUUUGUUUUUACUAUUUCCUAUUCCAACCAUAUCUUUAAACUCAGGUGUAGAAAAGGAGGUACGAUGAGGCCGUCACCCUGACCCAGUCGACUCUCAGACCCCCUGCAGUUGCCUUGGUUUCCAUUGUGAAUGUAUGAGUGAAUGUGUAGAUGAUAACUGCAACAAGACAAACACUGAUCAUCCAUCCAGCCCAGUAACUGUCCGUUUCCAGCCCGACUCUUCUGGAGUGAACACACAAUAUAUGCAUGUUUAAAGCUGCCUUCAUGUAUAAGAAUGUCUCUGACCAGCAGAGUGGGUUCGGCAGGAUGGUGCUGGUAGCGUCCCUACCUGAUUCUCUGUUGUGCACUAUGGGUUUAGUUGGUCUGGACAUCCUGGAAUUGAGUGGCCUUGGAUAGUCUUAUUUUAGUCUUUGCCUGUUGAUGCAUAUAUGUAUUUAAAAGAAGUCUAUAUAUUAGUUACAACCUUUCACCGCAGAGACUUACCUCAGACGAGGGUAAUCGAAACUUCUCAGAAGAAACACAUGAAGUCCUCCUUGGUUUUUUGAGUGCGACGUUCGUUGAUUCCACCCACAAGUUCUGUAGCUUUAGUUCUCGGUUCCUUCCGUUUGCAUGGUCGCUUCUUUGAGUGCUUCCUCCUAAAGGUUUCCUCAGGGUGUACAGUUUCUAUAUACGGGUAUUGUUCUGAAUUAUUUGAAGAAGGAGCAGCAUAAAGGAAAUGGCAGAUUUCUCCACCUCAUGAAGUAGCUGAAUCUUUAAGGGUCUAGAUCAGGGCCGCCAGCCUGUUCUUGGUUUUUGUUCAGAAUGUGGACUGGAUCUGAUUUGUUUUUGUACAUUCCUGUUCAUUUGAUGCCAUCCCAGUUAACCACCGUGGCUCUCUUCAUGUUUUUUUUGUAUUUUCUCACAACUGCUGUGACCUACGGAGGUUUCGUCUUUUUGUCUGUGAGCCCACUAGCGCAGUUUAGCGAUGGCAAAAAAAUAAAAAAUGAAUCUACCUCACUGAGCCGGUCUGUGGCGUCUACAGAUUCCCACCACUUCCUGUCUCUGGUCGAACUCAUGGCCUUAUGAUACUUUACCAUCUUUAGUUUCAGAUUUCUAGAUGUGAUUAUUCAGCCGUCAGUUCAACACUGUCUGCCGGAGCUGAAAUUGUACUUUCAUUCUCUUUGUUUUUUUUUGUUGUUUUUUUUAAAUGUCUCUGAAGUAUGAUGGACGAUGUUGUCUUAUUUCUGAUGUGGGACUCUUUAACUUGUACAGAUCACAUCCUGCCUGUUGGGUUCAGUUUGGCAGCAUUACUCUGUCCUUAGUCUGAGCUACGUAAGGCAUCGUAGUGGAAUAUUUGAGAAGGGAAGAUGGAAUAGGAAAACCGUAGAAGCUGUGAGACGGUUUUGUAAAUGUGUCACACAGGACUUGUUCUGGAUGACGAGCUGUUGUGUUCAAAUAGGGAAUCGUCUGGAUGUUUAGUGAUCCUGACAGAGGAGGUAGUGUGUUCAUCCGCUGUCUCUGUACGAAGGACAACGCUGUUUUUAAAGGUCUGUGAGGUUGCGAUGUUGUCGUAUGGUGUACAGGUGUGUGUGUCUGUGUGUGUGUGUUUCUGGUGUGUAGAUUCGGCACCAGGCGUUUGGAAGUUGUGCGUUCAACUCUCACUCUGCUGUCAUCUCUGCACUAGUGAAAACCAUUUAGGCGUGAUUAAAUGUGAAUCAUAUUUAUUUGCUCUUCUGAGAAUUUUUGUACAUUUUUGGACUUGUUUUAAUAUAAAUGUGGUUUGUUUCUUUUUCUCUCGAUGUUGAUUUUUUAAUGUUUUUAAGCAGUUGUCUUUUACCUCAGUAGCAUGGUGGCAUCGGAAAAAAGACCUGUCCCUUUCAUUUUUAAGUGACGUUUACAAGUUCUUAUCUGACUGACUGACAUAGAAUAUUUUGGAAAUGGAAUGGAGUAUUUUCUAUACUGUACAUUUCUUAGAAAUAAAUAACUUUACUCAAACAACA